AUGAAGCUACUUGGACUUUCAACAUUUUUCAUCACAACAGCUGUCAUCUCCAGACUAGCACAAGGACUUGUGUCAGGUGAUCCUUGCCCAGAAUCUACGGAAGGUUGUGCUGGGGAACUGGAAUGGGUCAAGGUUUCUUCUUAUUGUCAAGUACCCUUGUACUGUAGGUGUGGAAACCCAGCGGAUCAAUGUUGGGCACCAAUUGAGGUCAAACAUUUGACAUGUGACGUUUGUGGUACAAAAGUAUAUGAGUACAGGGGACAAUGCACAGCAAGGGGUCAUCCUACAAGAGCAUGCAAUGCUGGAUGUAGUGCUGGACCACCACGGCCCCGUCUGGAGUAG